UUCGCUGUUCAGGUGGGUGACAAUAAAGAAACCAGAAACCCGCUGCGACGCCAAAACAGACCGAACAAAAUCAUUGUUUAUUUCAUUUUAACAAGCUUGUUAUGCCUAAAAGACCUAAUCCAUUUGGAGAUGCCUCUCCACUCCAAAUGAAGACCCAUGUUGGGACGAAGGAAAUAAAUUUUUUGGGCAUGGACGGAGACAAGAAUAUGAAAACUGUUUAUGAAAAGACAAAACAGCUGUUGUUUACAGGAGCUCAGAAACAAUUGGAUGAUAUCAAUAUAGAUGCUAAUGAAAACUGUGCUUCGAUCCCAAACCAAAAUGUUUCAGGACAAAUGUGCUUAGACAAUACAGGACAUAUAGUUCCCCCAUCAGUACCCUCUGUACAGCCUCCCACACCAACUGAUGAUGAUAAUGAUGAGGAUGGUAUGGAUGUUGAUGCAGUUCUAGUAGAUACAAAUACAAAUAAGAAAAUAUCAGAUUUUUUCACUGUCAAAAAUAUUGCAGAACAAAGACAAAAAGAUAUUCCACAGAAACCAUCAUUAUGAUAGAAAAAAGGCCAAGAAGAAAUGGAUAGUGAUUUGGUUCAACAAACAGAAACAUGUCAGGCUGCAAGAUGAUUUGACAUACAAUUUGUUGGCAAAGAUGGACAGCAUUUUAUAGUUUUGUAUUGUUAAUUUUUUAUGAUACGGUUUUCAAUCUCUUUGCUGUGCAAUGCAUUUAUUUAUUAGCAUUCAUCUUAGAGAAUGGGUUAAUUCUGGAUAUAAUACCAAAAAAAAUGUAAAAUCAUGUAAGAUUCCACUUGACAAUCAAACUGCUUUUAUGGAGUAUUAAAUGAAAGGUAAAGAUUAUUGCCAAUUUUAAGCUGAAAAAAAUUUAUUAUCAGAAAUUGCUGUAUAGUGAGAAUUGAAUAUUAUUAUCAAUUAUAUGAUUGUUCCUUUUUAAAUUACAGUUAAAAAUGAAGUCUUUCUUUUCACUCUAAUUUUGAGGACAUAAAAAAUGUUCUAAUAUGUACUUAGAUAAAAUAUGCUGCUGUUAUGUGUGUUGUUGUAAAUGUUUCUGUAUUAUAUUGAAAAUCAUGGUAAUUUGAACGAAUAUCUGUAAUAUUGAACAUAAAGUUUUUUUAAAACAUUUUCUAAAAUUUAACAAAUUUUCUACAUACUUUUUUUUUUUCCAAAGUUUGCAGAGGAAAUUAGAAUAUUUAUUUGUACAUGUUGAUUACGUUGUAAUUAUGUAUGACAUGGAUUAAAGACAUCUUUGCCCCUUAAAAAACUACUAAUUGCAAUAAAUUGCAUAUGUAGUGUUUAUUUCAUUUGUUUUUAUACUUGCAGCGAACUAGAUAACAAUAGUUCCCACAAUUUAGUGCUAUUUUUCCAAGUAUGCAGCUGAUCUUUUUUUUGAGAAAUUAAUGCUAUUUGGAGAAGAUGGUUAAGGGAUUUUUUUGCUUGUUGACAAAUAAUUUUUAUUAGGAUUUUGUCAAUUGAGUAGAAGUUCUUUACUUGUUUUUUGUCGAGCCUGCGACAGAAAGCUCGACAUAGGGAUAGUGAUCCGGCGGCGGCGGCGUUAGCUAACUUCUUAAAAGUUUUAUAUUUUAGAAGGUGGAAGAUCUGGAUGCUUCAUACUUUGUAUAUGGAUGCCUCAUGUUACGAAGUUUCUGUCAGUCACAUGUCCAAUGUCCUUGACCUCAUUUUCAUGGUUCAGUGACUACUUGAAAAAAAAAUAAAGAUUUUUUGUAAUGUUAAAUUCUCUCUUAUUAUAAGUAAUAGGAUAACUAUAUUUGGUAUGUGCGUACCUAACAAGGUCCUGAUGCCCGUCAGACAGUUUUCAUUUGACCUCGACUUCAUUUUAUGGAUCAGUGAACAAGGUUAAGUUUUGGUGGUCAAGUCCAUAUCUCAGAUACUAUAAGCAAUAGGUCUCGUAUAUUCGGUGUAUGGAAGGACUGUAAGGUGUACAUGUCCAACUGGCAGGUGUCAUCUGACCUUGACCUCAUUUUCAUGGUUCAGUGGUUAUAGUUAAGUUUUUGUGUUUUGGUCUGUUUUUAUUAUACUGUAUGCAAUAGGUCUACUAUAUUUGGUGUAUGGAAUGAUUGUAAGGUGUACAUGUCUAGCUGGCAGGUGUCAUCUGACCUUGACCUCAUUUUCAUGGUUCAGUGGUUAUAGUUAAGUUUUUGUGUUUUGGUCUGUUUUUCCUAUACUGUAUGCAAUAGGUCUACUAUAAUUGGUGUAUGGAAUGAUUGUAAGGUGUACAUGUCUAGCUGGCAGGUGUCAUCUGACCUUGACCUCAUUUUCAUGGUUCAGUGGUCAAAGUUGAGUUUUUGAGUUUUGGUCUUUUUUUCUAAUACUAUAUGCAAGAGUUCAACUAUAUUUGGUGUAUUGGAAUAUUUUAUGAUCUAAAUGUCAGUCACGCAGGUUUUAUGUGACCUUGACCUCAUUUUCAAGGUUCAUUGCUCAGUGUUAAGUUUUUGUGUUUUGGUCUGUUUUUCUUAAACUAUAAGCAAUAGGUCAACUAAAUUUGUUGUAUGGAAGAAUUGUUAGCGGUACAUGCCUGCCUAGCAUGGUUCAUCUGACCUUGACCUCAUUUUCAUGGUUCAUUGGUCAAUGUUUAGUUUACUUGGUUAAUGUUAAGUUUAUGUGACAGUUGUAAUAAAGCUUUAUAUUUAGGACUAUCAACAUAAUAUCAAUGAUUAGUAAAGAAGGCGAGACAUUUCAGCGUGUGCACUCUUGUUUUUAUUUUAUGGAAUAGUUUCCUAAUAGAUGUAUUUACACUUGUAUGCAAAUUUGUCUGCCUUUACUUAAAAUCACACAAGUUCCCGUAAAAUUUGACAUCUCAAUUAGAAAGUGAUUGUUGCUUGACGUCAGAAGGUUAUUCGGAGCAGAUCUAAGGUCAUUCGGAGAAAAUUCAGCUAAAUACCAAAAGUGUAAAUACGGUUAUAGAAAAAUUACUUUAUUACUUCACAGUCUUUUUUUAAUUAUUUCUUUCCUUCUGUUGAUUUAGCUUAUAUGAAAUAUGAUAGAUUUAAAUUUGUAUGGUAACUUAUUUAAUUAACAUCAUCAUAUGUUAAGAAUUGUUUUUUCUCCUAAUCAUCAUCAUACAUUUUCAUAACAUUAUUUUUUUUAUUUUGAAAAUUCCAUGCACAUGUAAAUAAAACUUAUUGUAAAGAAAGGUCACACUUCUGUAAUAUAUCAAGGCUUAGUAACAAUUCCAUUUGAAGUCUAUAAAUUUUCUAAAAUAAAUGAAUAAAAUUAAGAUUUUGGAAUUCUUUUUUUUUAAAUUUAAACAUUAUACUUAACAUCCAAUAACAAAAGUAUAAUGUAUACAAGCUGAAGCCCCGCCUAUCUAUUGAUUGCAGAUGUCAAUCUUAAUUACAAUGCUUGAGCCAACCAAACCUUUAAACUACAAGCGUUAGGAAAAUAGCUCUAAAGUGUUGAUUUCUUCAGAUAUUUUAAAUUGUUCAUCUUGUUGGUCAUUUGACAGAUUUCUGUUCAUCAUCUAUUUUGACGUUCUUCAUUAACAUGGUAUGCCUCAUUCCUGUUUAGAAUCAUGUAUUUCAUUAGUAGUCAACAUGAAUUUUCAUAGUACCAUAAGAAACUUUAAUAUAAAUAUUCAUAUAUUUAUUAUUUAUUUAAGUUUUUGUGAAUUUUGCUGGUUUAUGUCAGAUUGGAUUUGGUAGAUGUUGAUUUGUAAUUAAGUAUUGUGGCCUAAUGUUGUUAUUGCCUCUAAACUCACCCAUUAAUGUCAUUUCAUAGUGUGCAUGAUUUAAAAUAUCAGUGUGUUCUGUUAAUUUGUUGACAAUUUGUUCCAAACAUGUAAUGUUAUUGCCAUUUUUUGCAUGGUGCAAGAUUAUUUUGUUUCAAUUUUGACUUUGCUAUUUUAAAGAAAAUGUGUUGCCAAUUUAUUUAAAUAAAAUUUGUCAGGACCCAUGUCUACCCGGCUUGGUGUCAAUUCCAAAGACUUAUUCCAUGAAAAGAUGGUCAUCCAAAGAGAAGCUUUCUCAAUCAAUUAUUCACCAUUUUACACUAUACAUAAAAAGUAAUCCCAAUAUUUACAGGCAUAAUGUAAAAAAUGUUUGAAUGAUGCAUCAUGGAUCACACCUGAACACGGCAUAAACAUUUUUACAUUUCUUUUAUUUGGUUAUAUUUUACCUCCUUGCAAUCUUUUUAUCUCUAAACUAAUAAGUGUUAUUUAUUAAAGUACUGUACAUUGUCUUUUGAAAUACUUACUGAACUGAAAUAAUGCUGAAUUAGCAAGAAAUUUUUCUUUCAAUCAUUUAAAAAAAAAAUGUUCUUUCAUAGAACUUUAUUGCUUUUUCCUUGGAGUUUCGUAUCGGAUUCGAUGGAAGAAUGCAAUUUUUACAACAGAAAAUUUUUAGGAACUAUGAUGUCAUAAUUGUAUUCAGAUCAAUGAAAACUGAGAAUAACUUUUUGUAAUCAAAAUAAACAGCAGGACAGAACAUUGGCUAAGAGUUGGUAAAAUCCCUGUAAUGUUAGUUUGAAGCAAUGAACACGAUUGACUUUGAAGAUAGAACAAACAUUAUAGAAAAUUCGUCAAUUUAGGUGGUAAUUAACACAACAGGGAGAUAACUCUGUAAAAUCAGUUGAAUGUUUUAAUCACGUUCUAUUGUUAAGGAAAUAUUAAGCUUCUCAAUGAUCAAAAUUAGUGUUUGUCAAACUGCUAUAUAUCCAAUGAAUUUUUUCCAAUAAAGUGUGUGGUUUAAGUUUUUUGAAAUUUUUGUAUGUUUGUCAAAGGGUCAAAGUAAAUAUUUUGUCAAAAUUUUUUGAAAAUUCAACGAUCCAAAUUAAUUUUAGUCAAGGUGUUUGGUACCACCUUAAGGUUGUAACUUGGUUUGUGGAUUGUUAUGCCCACUAUUGUUUAUAUUGUUUACCUAUUAUAAAUCUAUAUUGUUAUAUAUAUGUACUGUGCUGAUGUUGAGCAGGCAAAACAAAGUACUCAUUACUGUUGUAAGUAUUAUGUUUCUUGACAAUAAAAUUAUAGGUAUUAUCA